AUGGUACUGGCCCGUCCAGUCGUACUUGAGAACCUCGAAGCUAGUCGCCUCUCUCCCAAUUUGCUCCAGAGUAUCAGGCUCACAUGGCAAAGAUACCUAAGCAUCCACCAUUGCUUAGAUAAUCUAACCCGCAUAAGAAGCCCUCCAGCAGUUCCCUUCUAUUACGUUCGAGAGCUUCUGCUCGAUAUCCGUCACCAAAUCAGAUCGAACCCGAGCGAUGUCCAGAUUCUGGAUGUCCCUGGUGAAUUGAAGGUCGGUUACUCUCCCAUCGCCUUCGUCCGUACUGGCCGUUCCGCUUGCAAGCUUACCAAGAUCAACUGGAAGGUCGGCAAGGAGACCGGUGGUAAGAAAAUGGAGGAUCCCCACUCCUUGAAGUCUAAUGAGAUGGCCGAGGUCGUCUUCGAACCUCUUCAGCAUCUCGUGGUUGAUACCUUCAAGCAUUGUGAGGGUCUCUCUCGCGUUGCCCUUAUGGAAGGUAAUGGUGUUGUUAUGCUCGGUAAGUGUGUUGCCACAACCCCUAAGGAGGUCAAAUAA